AUGGCCCAGGAAGAAAAAAGUGAGGACCGUAAUAAAGAGAUGAACGGCAAUGUGGCAGCCAUAGCAGAAGACUAUCUUGAGUCGCUUCUUGCUGAUGCUUUUAAGGGGAAGGGAUUUCAGAAAAUAAGAGAACUGCUUCAGGAGAGAGAAAUAGAGCCUCCCCAGAAAUACAGUGAAUCUCUCUUCGCUCAGCUAGACAAAGCCCUGAGAAAGGAGCUGGACAAGAAUGAAUUCCAGAACGUUUCGCUCCUCCUGAAAUGUAUUCAACUCUACUUUAAAAGUGAUCUCCAAGAAGGGACGAGUUUGUUUAUUCAGCAAGGACUGGUAGAAAAGCUGGUAUCUUGGUUUGAAAGAGCAAGAGCGUUUGUGAACCUCAUCGACCCAAGUGAGAAUAAAUUUUUGAUGUUACUACUUGAAGACUUCUUUGACUCUGCAUUGGUGAUUUGCAAGUGCAGUAAUGAAGGGAAGAAAGAGCUGGUGAAUUUAUUUUUACCAGAACUAGGGCAUCUAGUGACAGAAGCAAAUAUUUGCUGUGCUCUGCGGCAGGAGGCUUUGAGGACCCUCAACUCUAUACUUGACAGUGUCCCAAGAGAGGAGAGAAAGAAGUUCCCUCUCUCUGAGGAGAUGUGCGCACUCACGAAAGACCUUGCAAAAACUAUACUGGAGGCUGGUGAUUAUGACCUUCAGGUUGCCCUUUCAGAAGCACUUUGUAGGUUAACAACAAAAAAAUGGAGGGAUGACCUUGUUCACCACUGGUUUGAAGAUAACUAUCUUGCUGAAGCUUUCAAAGAGAUCAAGGAUAGAGAAUUUGAGACGGACUGCAGAAAAUUUCUUAACCAGCUAAAUGAAAGACUUGGGGAUGAAAGAAGAGUCUAUUCAUUUCCUUGCAUAUCUGCUUUUGCUGACAUGAAUGAGGUGAAGAAACCAUCGGAUGAGAAGCUGGAGGAGUUCUGGAUUGACUUCAAUGCUGACAGCCGGAGUGUGACUUUCUAUGUGGACAGUAAUGAGGGUGCUCUUUGGGACUCAGUGAGGCUGUCGAAAGAAGCAGUCAGCAGUUACAGCCUGAAGGAGGAGGGUGGAGAAAAUAUUGUUAAAAUUUACAUGAAGAUUCCUGCUAUUCUUAACAAAACAGAAGCAACCAAAAUCAAAAUAUCUUUCAGUGCUAAGUUUGAAAUCUUAAUUGUGCUUAGAAAAGUUCUGGGAGAUGAAAAAAUGAUGAGAAAUGUGGCUGAAGAGGGGUCUGCCCAUGCUGAGAAGCAAGCCAGGCAGAAUGAAGCAGUGACACCCGAGUCCACUAAUCCAGAGGGCAGAAAAGAUCCUUCAAACUCGGAAAACAUGGACUCGCUACCAGAGAGCUUAGCCUCUGAGCACAGCCCACACUUAACAGCCACUGUAUCAAAAAUGGGUAACUCUGAUGUCACCAUGAUGAAAGUGAGCCAACAGACUGAAGUGGAAGAUGCUAACCAAGGCUCAGGGCCUUACAGCAAAAGCAGAUGAAGUGUUUAGUAAGUAGCUCCUGAGGGUGAAGCUGUACUUUCUUUGCCUCCUUCAGCAAAAAGGUCCAAAACUCCAUCUCCAAGGACAAAAGCUAUGCCUAGUGAGAAGGCCCUAGAAGAAGACCCCAUGGAGGAAUUGACACCAAAGAAUGUUACCCGGGUAAAGAGAAAGGGGAAAACACGUUUGGCCAAGCAGAGGACUGAAGGCAGGAAGGACUUCUAUGACUUUGAAAACUCAGACUCUGCAAGCCAUGAAAAGGUUGCUGAAGCCAAAGGAAGGAUACUUGGCCAGAAAGUUGCUUCACAAAAUCAGAGUUACAGGAAACACCUUUUCUCUGAAAGCAACAAUGAAAAUACAAGCACUAGUCAGAGUGAAAAAAGCUGGAUCCUUAACUCUCAGAAACGGUCAUUGCCAAAAUCUCUUGACUACACCCGAAAAAGACCCAGGGUGAGAAGUAAAUUAAAAGUGCUUCCAAUGUCUUCCGCAAGUAGCGGCAGUGACUACCAGACAAAGAAGGUAGGGAGCUGUCAUGCUUUAGUGCCUUGGAUCUAUAGCUCUGGGAAAGCCAUCAGUACCACCCAUGAUGAAAUGCUCUCAGAGGAGCUCAAAGGGAGUCCGCUCUCACUUGAUGCAUCUUCCAAGGGCUAUUCCAGUGAUGACGAGAAGGCCACGCAGAAGCUUAAUGAUGCAUCUGAAAAAUUGUCAAAAGAAGAAGAGAGUUUUAAGCGGAAGGACUCAGGUAUACGCAGUGGUGCUGUCAUUAAAAAGCCUAAAUAUUCCAGUCAGGAAACAAGUCAUUUGUUCUUUGACAUUUCCAAUGUACGAAGGAAACUUUUUGAUUCAGUAGAGAUGGAAGCAGAGAUCAAAACAGGUCAGGAAAUGGAUGAUAGUGUGGAUGAUGCAUUUUUUUCCAAGAUGCCGUAUGAAGACUUCAGUGAUUCAGGGAUGGCUGCUGCAUUUGAAGGCUUUAUCAGCCAACUAAAGAAGUUGUUCUGGUCCCAGUACAAAAGGAUGGAGAUCAGUGCACAGAACACCCUGAGGACUUCAGAGAAGAAUGUGUCCACCCUGCUGAAACAGAUACAUGAAUGCAGGCUGAGUAAGUUGGAGGCCUUUCAGAAGAUUUUUGUUGAAGAGCUUGCCAGCCUUCAGAAGGAAACUCAAAUCUUGGCAAGCAUGGAGAAGGAUGCAGUGCAUGAACACCCAGUGAAGAAGCCAGUAGAAAACAACGUGUUCAUUGUUCCUUCUGAUUAG